UCUAUUGUGCUGCGCGUUCCGGUCGCCAUGUUUAGCCGAAUUCACUCAGUUAAACAGAGGAACUGCCUUGUCCUGCUUUCGCCAGUACUUUUACUCUUUUAUAAGAUUUUAGACCGGAUUCAUUUUAAAAAAUAGCCGUGCCUUUGGGAAGAUGUUGGGGCAGUGAAGGGACGCGUUAUUCCUCUGUUAUGGACCCUCAUGACCAGGCUGAUGUCAUGCACCUUCAGGACCCUCGUUCCUCAGCUCUGGAUCUGUCGGUGGGCUGCAGGCACACAAACCCUAUGGAGGCUCUGGAUCUGGUAAAGAAGCCAAGCUGGUGUGGCCUUACCUCAGGAAGCAGGAGCAUCAACCUGUCUGAGUCCUGCUACAUCAAACAGACUUCACCCCAUCAUCCAGAGCCAGGAGAAAAGUUUCAUGGGACACCAGCCCAUGACUCCUACUCCAUCCCCUUACCCCUAAUCAAUGGCUUGCCCUCUGUGGCGCAGAUACUGUCCCAGUGCUCAUCCAUAGACCAAGGGUUCACAGAUUAUCAUGAGGAGGAGGAAGAGGAGGAAGAGGAGGAGGAGGAGGUGUUGACGCAAACUAAACAGUGUCACAAGAACGCAGAGUCUGUGCUGGAAAAUAGCAUACUAGGAGGUAGGAUAGCACACGUUGUAUUAGAGAAACAUCCACAAGACAUUGGGAGUGACACAGUUUUUACUAAGGGCUCGUCAUUUUUACCUCAGGACUCCAGCGCUGCUGCGAACACACUCCACUCCACCAGCUCAUCAACAGAGCAGACUGCCAUCGAAACACUCGCAUCCGAAUGUACAAAAACAUCUACCGAGAGCACCUCAAUUGAUUCCGACAGUGACGUCAUUGAGGUUCCAGUAAGCAACUCUAGAUGCACAACUCGCCCAAACUUGCGUCCCCGACCAACAAGUGUUAUAGUCAGUGAUACCAGCGGCCGGACGCUCCGAAGUUCUCGCUUAAAGCAGCAGGUUGAUGCUGAUCAUCAAACGAACUGCUCUCCCAAAAAUGUGAACAGUGUCUACACUAUGGAUGAAGCUGUUUUUGAAACUGCCGACCGAAGGGUUGGCUCCGAAUCCAAAUCGCUGCUGUCUUGGAUGGAGUCAGUGUUGAUCCCCAUUUCCCCGGAAGACAGCGAACAAGACACCAAUUCUUCUUUCCCCAAAAACUUUCCAUCUACCUCCGAUGCAGAAAACUCAAGCGUCUUGAGGUCUCCAGAGACUCGGAGAUCAUCAUCUUCAACGCCAAGCCAUCAAGUAAAUACUCCACCUUCGAAAAGCAGGAAACGGGCAAAACCAAGGCCCAAACCGAGACCCAAACCAAGACCUAAACCCAAGAAACAGCCAAAGAGAGCGACUCCAGGCGCCAAAACGACAAAGAAAAGACGACGCAGAAAACCUCAGCCAUCCGGACCGUCGUCCAUGUUUUCUCCUAAAGAGCCGGAGAUCAAACUGAAAUUUGCAAAUCAGAAAAACGAGAAGAAAGAGGCUCGGAUUGCUGCGCAAUGCUUUGUGCCAUACAUUCGUAUGGAGUUCUCGUCCUGCACAAUCGUCAAUUUUAGGGAGGAGGAGGUGGUCUCAAAGAAAGGCUCCCAGCCUGCAGACUCGGGGGUCAUCCCAAAGACAUCCUGUCUACAGCUGGGUCGCAUUGGCUCUGACGCCAGGCUUCAGGAAAUGCGUUUUUGCUGCCUGUGUGGAAGGACGGGGAAUGUCGAGGGUCUUGGGGAUUUACAUGGACCGUACCAUCGCAGUGGAGUUCAGCCCGUCUGUAAGGUUGACAGCAGCCCUCCUCUGGCCUCAAAACAAGAGCCCGACUGCAGCGACGUGGACUCGCUGUACAGUUUAGAGGACGGUGCAUCUCAGGCCAAACGUCAGAGGAAGGAGAACGGCUCAGAGAGUCUGGAGGAUUCUGGUGCGCCUGGGGAGCACUGGAUACAUGAGGACUGCAGCAUCUGGACGGCAGGUGUCUUUUUGGUUAAAGGGAAACUCUACGGACUGGAGGAAGCAAUCCGGCUCGCACACGGAACAGUUUGCUCAUUCUGCAACAGGGUUGGUGCCACUUUGGGAUGUUUCUUCAAAGAUUGCCCUCAAAAAUACCACUUCCCCUGUGCCCUGCAGUCAGGCAGUGCUCUCAAUGAGGAGAACUUCACCAUGAGAUGCUCCAAGCACAAGAAUAAAGUGUCCAGAAUGAGCGUCAGCAGACUGAAGAACAGAUGACGUUUGGCAGGAGUUGAGAUAUCUUUUGAAGGCAGACUUCACCAUGGGUUUAUCCGGCUGUGGAGCAGACGCCUGAUGUGUUUACAGCUGAUUUUUGUACUUCACAUGUACGUUUCGAGUGUUUACACGUGCUCUCAGGCAGAUAGAUGAAUGUCGGGACUGGAUGUGCUGUUUUGAGACGCCGCUACCUUGUUUUUGUUUUGUUUUUUCCGCCUGGCACUUCAGCGGUACCCUUGGAUGAUUGAUGCUGGACGAUCUUCAUUACAUUCCUCGGUGUUAAAAGCACUCACGUUUUAGUUUAAACAUCAAUUCUCUCCAUUUUACUUACACGCACUCAAGGUCAAGUAUCUCCAUCUUUAGGCUGAAAGACCUUCGGACAUGUCUAUACAAUAGUGACGUCAUUAAAAACAGCUUCAAUACAUUUGAAGAAGCAGUAUGUAUUUAUAUUAAAAAUGGAUUCCAGCAUCUCAUAGUUGAUUAAAUAUGUUAGACAUACUGUCCAAUCUAUAACAGUGCUGUCCUCAUCACAUAAAGCUGAAAUGCUGAGCUAACUAGUCUCCUCCGGUGGUACCGUAUGCACUACUAAGUGAACAUAUUUAUUUCUAUUUAUGUUUAAUGCAUAUGCGUCUAUUUAUUUGCCAAUGAACAGCCUCCUUUAAAGAGACAAGAGUGUGUUUUAGCACCUUGUGUAAGUGCAUUAAAGGAGCCAUUGUGAUUUAAUGUCGUCGGUAACAGCUACAGGGUGUUUUGAAUAUGAAUUAGAAAUUGUCGUCGAUUAAUUUGAAAACGCGUGGCCUGAAUCAAGCAGUCGCAGUGUCUGUAGGGUUUCCCCAUUUCACCUGAUGCCUUGUGAUGUCUCCAGUUCUGUUUCAAUAAAUGUUUUUAUUCUACAUUCCUA